AUGUAGGAAAUGAAAAAUAUUCUUUUUUUUUAUAAUCCAUUAGAAAUUCUUGUUUUUUCGGAAAUUAUUUAUAAAGAGAAUUUUUUAAAGACAUUAAAUUUAUUACCUUCUAAGCCUUUAAUUAAUUUUAUUAAUUUAAAAAUAAACGAAAAAGUUGAUAUCCCGGAUUUUUUAAAGCAAAAUAAUUCAGAAAAUAAAGCAGUUAUUAUACUUUGUAAAUAUUUAAACGAAAAUCUUAUUUCUUAAUAAACUAUUAAAAAUGGGUUUUUGGAAAUAAAUUUUAAAGAAAAAACAUAAAAUUAAAAUAAACUUGUUUUAGAUAAAUAAACUCUUUUUAAUUUAAAUAUUUAUGACGGAUAGUUUUUUAAUUAAUAGAAAAAUAAUUAAAUAAAUACGCUUUUUGAUAUUCUUAAUAAUACAGUUACUGCUUUUGGUGAAAGAAUGCUCCAAAAAUGGACUUGUUUUCCUUUAAUAGAUAAAUAAGAAAUCGAAUAAAGACAAAACUGUAUAUAAGAUUUAUAAAAUAAUAAUGAAUUAAUUCUUUCUUUUUAAAAAGAAAUGGCUAAAUUACUAGACUUAUAAAAUAUUCUUGUAUCUUUAUUUAGUUAUAGAUUUUAAAAUAAAAGCAGAGGUGUUUAUUUUGAUAAUAUAAGUUAAAUAAGAUUAAAAUAACUAAAGAAUUUCUUUGAAAAUAUUAAAUUUAUACUUUUUUAAUUAAAAGAAGCUUUUUAAGAUUGUUAAUAUAUAUUCUAAACACCUUAUUUAAUAAAUUUAGUAAGUCCAGCAAAUUUCUAAUAAAUUUCUAUUGAAAUUAAAAACAUAGAGAAUAAAAUUUAAUGGCUAAAAGAAUCUAAAAUACCUACUCCAUCUCCUAAAACCUGUCCUUAGUAUGAUAAAAAAGUCGAAGAAUUAAAAAACUUAGAAAAUUAACUCAAUAUAUAUCUAGAAGAUAUAAAAAAAUUAUAUGAUAAUGACUAAAGGAUUAUUUAUUCGCACCAAAAAGGUCCCUUUUAGCUUGAAUUUCCUAUUUAAAUAAUAAAAAAAUACGGAAAGCUUUCCCAUUUUGAAUUAGUUUCUAUAACAAAAACCACUUAGAGAUUUUACACAAAAGAACUUAUUUUUUUAAUUGAAAAAGUAGAGUAUUUAGAAGACGAAAUAAAGUAGAUUCUUGCAAAUUUCGUAAGUGAGAUAUUCGAAGAAGUUUUUUAAAAAAGGCACUUUUUUAAAAAUUUAAUUUCCACACUAUCAGAACUAGAUUGUUUAAUUUCUUUAAAUAUUUUUUCUUAAAAAAAAACAAAACCAAUAAUAAUAUAAGAAUAAAAUACAUAAAAUUUCGUAUAAAUAAUAAAAGGAAAAUAUCCCUUAAUAUAAUAAAAUAAUAAAAACAAAGAAUAUGUACCUAAUAAUAUUUUUUUAUCAUUUCAAAAAUAAAAUAUAAACUGUUCUAAUUAAUUAUCAUACUAAGCUUAUAUUAUCACAGGACCUAAUAUGGGCGGAAAAUCAACUACAUUAAGAAUGGUUGCUCUUAAUGUUAUUUUGGCUUAAAUAGGUUGCUUUUUACCUUGUGAAUAUAUGAUUUUGACACCUUUUGAAAACAUUUUUUCUCGGAUAGGGAUGUCUGAAUUACUUGAAUAUGGAAAAAGUACAUUCUAUAUAGAAUUAGAAGAAACUCUUUAGAUAAUAAAUAAAGCAAAUAAUAAAAGUUUAGUCCUUAUUGAUGAAUUAGGAAGAGGUACUUCUACUUAUGAUGGUGUCUGUUUUGCUAUUAGCGUUUUAAAAUAUUUACUUGAAAAAAAUAUGGGAUUAAUUAUGUUUUGUACCAAUUAGAAUUUACUUUUGGAUUUAUUUAGGGGUUUUCAGAAUGUUGGCUUAUUUAGAAUGGACUUUAAAUUUGCAAAUAAUAAUUAUUAAAAUAUUUAGUUUUUGUAUAAAUUAGUAGAAGGUGAAUGUAUGAAUGUUUAGGCUUUUAAUUUACUUGAAUAUGUAGGAUUUGAUCAUUAAAUUAUUUUUGAAAGUCAAUAUAGAAGUUCUUUGAUGUUUCUGAAUAAUUUAUUUCAAAUUGGGAAUUAGUGA